UGGUGCAUCAAUCAAAUUGAUGCAUGUGCUGAUCGACCAGAGGCAUUAUUUUCUUGUUCUCUGGAUUAGUUUUAUCGGGUUUUAUCAAUAAUUCAAUAACUAAUUGAAAAAAUAGAACAAUUAUUGUUCUAGCUACAACAUUGAUUUCAUUCUGCCGCAAUUCUGAUAAUAAACUCCGUCCCAGAUGAUCGAGAUCAAAAACCGCUACACAUCGGUAGCCUGCAACCGCACAACGGAAGCCCUGGACUGGGGACAAGAUGGGUUGAUUUACUAUGCCGCCUGUCACUCGAUAGCUGUAUUCGAUCCAAAGUUCCACGGAUCGGCUAAAAUUGUCCGUACUCUGAGUGGCCACAAGGCUCGUGUCAACACGGUGAAAAAGCUCCGCGAUGUACCGGUUUCGGCAGAGGGUGCGAUCGACCUUAUAUCCGGUUCGGAUGAUUCUAGCUGUAUACUCUGGAACAGCCUGGAUCCGCAUAAACCUUGGUGGUGCACGUUGAAGGGGCACACUAAAGGAGUGACACAGGUGGAAGGAGUCUACACGGCGGAGGGUUUGUUGGUAGUGGCAACGGGAUCGGCGGAUAGUACCAUUAAACUGUGGAAGUUUGGUGGCGAGGAGUUCGCUUGCAUCCAGACGAUAGACCUGAAGAGCGGAUACUGUUUCGCAUUGAAGUUCUUCCAGCUGCCGGGAUGUGAAAGUGUGAUGCUUGCCUGCGCGAUGGACAAUGAUCUGAUCCAUCUGUACGCAAAGGAAGAGGAGCAGUACGUUUUGGUAGAGAAGCUGAGAGGUCAUACGGAUUGGGUCAGAGGGUUGGAUUCCAUCCGGGAAGGUGCGGACGUGCUGCUGGCCAGUGCUUCCCAGGACAGUUUCAUUCGACUCUGGAGGAUUUCCCCACGCGAACAGGUACGAGCUCAAAGAUCGUUUGAGGAAUUUUCCGCCGAUGAGGACAUUGUACUGGAGGAGCGGGUGUUCAGCGUUACAGCCGAGGGGCAGCAAUUCCAUUAUGCCCUGGCUUUGGAAUCGGUACUUCAGGGUCACGAAGGAUGGGUCUAUGGGGCGCACUUCAUCCGGCAAGAAGACAAGCUGAAUCUGCUGUCCAGUUCGAUCGAUAAGACCCUGACGGUUUGGACCCCUUCGGAGUCCGGGGUGUGGUUUGAAAGCGUUCGCGUGGGCGAGGUAGGAGGUGCUUCGCUGGGAUUCUACGGAGGAAAGUUUGCACCGGAUGGGAAAGCUUUCAUCGGUCAUGGAUUUCAAGGUAGUCUCCAUCUGUGGCAACAGGACGCGGCCAAUGGAGGCGUUUGGAAACCCGGCACAAUCGUCGGAGGACACUUCGAAGCCGUACGGGACUUGACGUGGGAUCCGGAGGGCCGGUUCGUCGUGACAGUGUCGGCUGAUCAGACCACUAGGAUACAUGCCCCGUGGCCUCGGUCCUUGGGAGCAGACGACGAGGCCGUUACGUGGCAUGAGCUCGCACGGCCGCAGGUUCACGGUCACGAUAUGCAGUGUUUGUCUCUGUUGUCGAGGUACCGGUUUGCCAGCGGCGCGGAAGAGAAAAUCGUGAGGAUAUUCCAGGCUCCGGCAAAUUUUGUGGACAAUCUGCGGCAGCUGUGCGAAAUUGAGGACGAUCCGGAAGGGGAGCACAUUUUGAAAACCACACCGAAGGGUGCCUCGGUGCCAUCGCUUGGCCUGUCCAAUAAAGCUGUCUACAACGUCGAAGCGGAAGGCGCUACUACCAAACACGUGAAGGAUAUCUAUCCGGAGCACUACUUCGUCCCCAUUAAACUGGAAUCGCCUCCGGCCGAGGAAACCCUCAUGCAGAACACCCUCUGGCCCGAGAUGCAGAAACUGUACGGCCAUGGGUAUGAAAUCUACGCUCUGGCUUCGACGCGGGACGGACGCUUCCUGGCAUCAGCCAGUAGGGCAACUUCGCUGGAGCACGCUCGCAUUCUCAUCUGGAACACGACCAACUGGAAAAUUCUCCAGAAGCUGGAAGCGCACCAGCUUACGGUUACCCAACUGGCCUUUUCGCCGGAUAACCGAUCUUUGCUGGCCGUUUCCCGCGAUCGAACGCUGUCCGUGUUUGAGAAUAGAUCGCCGGACGUAGAAGGAUGUGAUUUCCAGCUGGUGACCCAUACGGACAAGCACACCAGCGUGCACGGUCGGAUCAUUUGGUGCUGCGAUUGGUCGCACGAUUCGGUGCACUUCGCUUCUGGAUCGCGCGACGGGAAGGUAGUUCUGUGGGAUCGGAAAGAUGCGGGGAAGUACGGAGCAUGCAGUGUGUUGGAAUUGAAGGGAGAGUCCGUGACCGCUGUGGCUUUCGGCACGAGGAAGGUGGAAGACGAUCGGUACAUGGUGGCCGUUGGACUGGAAAAGGGUACAAUACAGUUGUACGGAGUACUACAGCAGGACUGGAAGUUGUUGGCGACCAUCGAUGAAUCAUGUGGACAUCAUCUCACUGUGAAGCGAUUGGCGUUCAAACCAUCUGGUGAGGGUAUACAGCUUGCAAGUUGUGGUGACGAUAAUUUCGUAAGGGUUUACGAUAUAUGUUGAUAGCGAUCGUUCGCUAGGUACAAUC